UGACAGCGAUGAUGAAUUGAUCAUUUGACCUGUCAAGCUGUCACUGUGACAUAUAUAAACCAAUCAAACAGCUCAGGGACUCUUAUCCUCCAACUUGCAUCUAAUCAUCCUACAUCCACCUCUACUCAUUCACCAUGCCCGUCUGUAAUGCCUUCGCCAGCGCUCUCGCUAACAAGGGCAUGAACGCACAGCAACUCGCUAUCGCAACCCAGAGUGACCAAGGCCGCAUAUCCCAGAUUUGCGCGGGCACCGUGACCCCCACGAGCGCGGAAUACAGCAAGAUUGCAUCUGCGUUGGGCUUGAGCAGCGCCCCUGCUGGCCACCCUUAACUUUGAACGUUUUUACUGUAUAGUAUUCGAGUGAAUAUGUAGUCUAUGUAUCAAUAAGCUAUGGAAUGAUAUACUGGACGAUUCGGCUCUGA